AUGUCUUUCGAAAGCGUGAUGCCUCCAUACAAUGCCUCGGAUCCAUCGGCCUCCUUUCUCAACUCCUCCUGCCUCGACUUUCUGCUCAUCGAGCUGGUGCCCAUGUCAUUCCGCGUGACGCGAGAGCUCGACAUAGCUCCGGUUGAGAGUUCCGGGGCACCAGGAGAGGCGACAUCGUCUAUUAGCCCCAGCCAGGGUGCAGCAGGAACAGGCCAGGCGUUGUCAAGUGCGAGCGGUGCCGUUAUGUCUGGCAGCGCUCGGAAGAUGGACGAGGACGAAGAAAGAGAUGCCGUUUUCUAUCGGCUUGAGACACUAGGCUAUCGAGUUGGCCAGGGACUGGUAGAGCGAUUUUCAAGAGAUAGGCCGCGAUUCAAUGAUACCCUCGACGUUAUUAAAUUCAUAUGCAAGGAUCUGUGGUCUUUAGUGUUUCGGAAGCAAGUUGACAAUCUUAAGACCAACCACAGGGGUGUCUACGUGUUGACGGACAAUUCGUUCAAACCAUUCUCUAGAAUGAGCACCGAGACCGGAGGACAGGCAGUUGUUCGUGCACAACCGUUCCUUUGGUUCCCUUGCGGAAUAGUUCGCGGGGCCCUGGCAGCAUUAGGGAUUAAUGCCACUGUUCAGGCAGAAACAAACGAGCUACCAGCUGCCAUCUUCCAGAUCAAGACGCUACCUUCAAGCACAUAG